AACAAAGCCACUUCUGUUGCGGGCACAAACCUAUGAUCUCAGACAGCGGUGUGACGUGACCCUUGCUCCCGUUAGGCUAUCACAGAUUGGAUCUUUUAGGACAGAUUGAAUAAGCGAUCACACAGAUAACGAGCUCUUUCAUAGUGCGUCUCAGAGAGAGUAGCCGCGUGUCACCUGCUCAACCCCACCUGUUAUACAGGUGAUCAUCGCGAGAUUUCACUGACGGGUUUCGGUCUCGUGACUGUGGGAAGUGGAGUUUUGAUUUGGAAAAACAAAACAAAUGUGAUCAGCGCCUUAUAAGCAACAAUGAGCCAGCCGUCCAGAAACCAGCGUGCACAGAGAGAGAGAAAUGGUGGUAGUAGAGACAGAGAUCCCCACACCCGACGGGACAGUCCUAGUGACCGACGAUCAGGCAGUGGGAGCCAGCCCCCGUUCUACCCCAGAAAUGAUCAGAGAUCUGUGAGGAGCGCUCCUCGAGAGCAACACCAGGAGUCAAAGUGCUCUCACGUCUGUUCCAGGAGAGGUAUCGUGUUGUUAUGUUCCAUCAUGACCAAUGUGCUGGUGCUCAUCUGCGUGGUGGCUGCUCACAUGUCACAGAUGGGAAUGUCUGCGAUGGGUAUGGGCGGCGGAAGCUUUAUCGACGCCAUAAUUCCUUUUGAGGGGACGGAGCUGCAGAAAGUGCGUGAACUUGACAUGCAGUUCGGACAAAUGAGAGCACCUCUAGUCUAUGGAGGCGUGGCCUUCAGCCUCACAUUUGGUGUUCUUUCACUCCUGUUCGUGGUGUCCGGCAGCAAACCUGCCCACAGGCUUCCACGGAAGAUCCUGAUUGGACAGUUUUCGUUCCAGAUCAUUGGUGCUGUGGCUUACGUGGUUGCUGUUGGUUUGUACCUGCAUUUCGUGAUCUAUGUGAACUCAACCGACAUGUGCCUUCAACGUGAACGACUGUAUGCUCGUAGCGGAUAUACCUGGAUGAACUGUAGCGUAAAUGGGGGGGAUGCAUCUGUCGCACUAUUUGGAAUCAUAACCGCAAUUCUGUAUGCUGCUGGCACCUAUUUAACAGGAAAAACAAUCCAGGAAGUCAGAAGUUACUUUAAGGACCGGGAACGUUACAAAGCCGAACGAAGAGAGGAAACCAGAGGUCCCAAAGAAAGAACUGUUAAUUCUGACCUCUAUGUCUGAAAUGUAGACUGAAAUCUUCUUGACUGGAUGUACAUAAACUGGUUUUAAUUUCUUACUUUUCUUCUUUUUUUUUUUUUUUUUACAUUUCUAAAAUGUUUGACUUUUUUUUAGAGUGUAAUUAGUUUUAUUUUGGUAAAUAGUUCAGUUAAUAUUGUAUAAAUCCUUGGUAAAAUACAAAUUAAGCUGUGGCAUUUAGCCUCAUUAAUACAAAAUAUUAUGUGAACCGUUUUAAUGAAGAAAUUCAAUCAAUAGAUAUUAGUAGAAUUAUGUCAUUUUUGGAGAUGAAAUUUCAAAUUUGGCAUUGGAUAUUGAGAUAUGUGCUGAAUAUUUUAAAGGGAUAGUUCAUCCAGAACACUAAAAUUCUGUCAUUCACUCACACUUUAUAUACAAACCUGAAUGCCUUUCACAAAAGAAGAUAUUUUGAAGACUCUGCAAUGGUUGGUUUUGGUAACCAUUGUCUUCCAUUGUAGGGUAAAAAUGCUGAGACAUUUCUCAAAAUAUCUUCUUUUACGUUCCCCAGAAGAAAGGUUUGGAAUGACAUGUCUAAAAUGAUUUUGGGUGAACUAUAUUAAUUCUUUAUGGCUAAUUGUCCAAUAGGGGGCAGCAGAUACAUACACAUGUAAUUCUGGCCCCUAAGUUUGACCUCACAUUUACUAUGAUAUUUGUCCUUAAAUAGCAUUACAGCUGAAUAUGACUUUAGCAUUCAUGAUGCAAUCUUUUUUUUCACUGUGACAAAUGUAAUCUUUUUCUUGAUGUUAUUAAAAAAAUAUAUAUUUUGAA